UUCCGAUCGUGCCUCCAUCUGACGACCCAAAUCACUGCCUCAAUUUCAAAGUGCCCGAGUUGUCGAAGACGAAGCCGUGGCUGCUAUAUACAUGCAGUUAGAGGCCAAAUAGUGGACGGCGGAGAAGUUUUGUAGCGGGGAACUGGCUCCCGAGCUGCAAGUCCUUUAAAGAUGAGCAUUUCCUGGCCGCGUUUGGUCUGAGCCCGGCUUUUCCCAAGGGUAAUUCGGCAACGAGGGGGUCCGGUUGACUUGUUUUUGCUUUGUUUGCUGUAUUUUGCUAACUAUUUGUCUUUUUACAGAGGCUUCUCUUGCUUACAUAAAGGAAACCGACCCGGACAUGGCCGAACGACUAACCUCCGCCGCUCUGAAGGCUGCUCGGAUUAGGGCCGAGAUGAAGGCGAAUAAAAUUAACAAGCCUUCUAAGCCAAAGGAUCCUUCCAACCCUAAACCGAGGAAGCGCAAGGAGCGCACCGAGGAGAGGGUUGAAAUGACAGAAAAGGCUUUGGCGAAGGCCCGAGCCGAGCAGGAGGCUGCCGCCAAGAAAGCUAGAAAGGAUCCUAGCAUCGAGGUGAACAGUCCUCGACCCGAUUCAGGAGGUGGGGGGACACAUGUCUCGGUCCACCCUUCAGAUUUCGAGCCUGUUCGGAGUCCGGGGUACGAACCGGGCGCCUCUCACCACUCUCCGACCGAGCGCUCCUUAUCCGAGGCACCGGUCCCGUUUACGCAAAUGUCCAAGACGGACAAGAAGAAGAGGAUCUCCGAUGCAUUGGAGAUCCUAUGUACUCAAACGGACCGGGACCAUAUUAAUGAGGUCAACCCAAGGAAUGAGUCGAGCGAGCUCUUCCGCUCUUGGAUGGACUUCUCCAUACGGAUGACCAAGGUAGCCGAAGACCGGCUCGCCCUGGUGCAAGAGGUCUCGGACCUGAAGCAGGCGGCUCGGUCGCACUUUGAUGAAGUGUAUCAGGCCAAGGAGGCCAAGCGGAUUGCCGAGCUGCGCUUGGAGGAGGCUAACAAAAAGAUCGAGGACGGCGAGGCGGCCUGGAAAAAGAGAAGGAGGAUUGGCAGAUCGAAAGGACCAACCUCUCUCUUGCCAAGGAAAACGCCGAGUCGCCAAAGCACGGCCGAGACCAAGCAAGCUCAGGCCGAGAAAGAUCUGGAAGGAGGUCCGGCUCAAACUCUCAACGCCGAGGCUCAACUGAAAGGAAGCCCAAGCGGCCGUUUCUCGCUCUCAGGAGGAGUGGUUCCAAGCUUGGCAGAAGUCGGAUGA